AUGAGUUUCCAACAAAGCCAUAGCCGUAGGAUCGUGCCACCUGGCGCAUCCAGAAAGCGAAAGGACAGACAAGCCAAUGCCUCGUCCAACGGCUUUAAACAGCCGGCUCCAAAGGCUCCAACCCCAAGCCAAAUGACAGCUCCGACUUUGUCGUCGAAUCGGCUGCUGGCGGGCUACAUGGCGUACGAGUAUUUAACGAAGGGCACGCUGUUCGGUCAGAAGUUCGACCCGGCUCGAGCCGAGGCGGUGCCGCUGAUGAGCUCGUCAGCCGAGCCGAGGAGGGGGAAGCCGGUCGAAGCCGGGAAAAUCGGGGCGGGCUCAGGUUCGGGUGUGGGUGCGGCGCAGGAGAGUUACGCUGAGGUGGCGAGCAUGUUGAAGACGGAUGGGGCCCACAUUCCGGGGAUUGUGAACCCGACGCAACUGGCGAAGUGGAUUCAGAUGUGA